UUGAUGCAGUGGCGUCUGAGUACUGGGCAUGCAAAGAAGGGGUUGGCCUGUUUGACAUGUCUUAUGUUACCAAGAUAGAACUAAAGUCUGCGGGUACGGAAGUUGUGGACUUUCUCCAGAAGAUGUGUUCCAAUGACAUAGACAAGCCAGUGGGUACGGUCAUCCAUACAGGGGUACACAACCACAAGGGGGGCUAUGAAAAUGACUGUAGUCUAGCCAGGGUAGCAGAAAAUUGCUAUAUGAUGAUAUCUCUAUCAACCACUCAGACACGUGCCUACAAUUGGUUGUCACAGCAUUUGCCUGCUAAUGGCUCAGUUAUCCUCAGUGAUGUCUCAUCCAUGUAUACAACACUCAAUGUGAUUGGUCCAAAAGCCAAAGACUUCCUGCAUGAGUUGGCAGAAAUACCUCUCCACAUAACAAAAUUCCCCUCCAUGACUGUCAAGACGAUGUACCUGGGCCAUGCCAGUGGUAUAAAAGCCAUGCGUCUUACCCACACUGGAGACGACGGCUGGAUGUUGUAUAUACCUUCAGAGUAUGCCCUCCAUGUGUAUGACACCCUGAUCAGCUCGGGACAUGACUACGGCCUGAAGAAUGUGGGCCUGAUGGCACACAGGAGUCUGAGGAUAGAGAAGUACCUGGCCUACUGGGGCAUUGACCUGGACUCCAACUCUACACCAUUAGAAUGUGGGAGAGAUUUCAGAGUGAAAAAGAAUAAGCCAUUUAUAGGGCAAGAAGCCCUGCUGAAGCAGAAGGAAGAGGGGAUCAAGAAGAGAUUUGUCCAACUCCUCGUUGAAGACCAUGACAACCAUAGUGACCCCUGGCCCUGGGGUGGAGAACCCAUAUAUAGAAAUGGGAAAUUUGCCGGCAUGACCACCUCGGCUGCCUAUGGGUUCUCCCUUGAAUCCCACAUCUGCCUGGGCUAUGUCCAGGAUUUCACAGACAACACAGGGAACAGGAAUAUUAUCAAUGAGAACUGGGUGAUGGACCCUAAUGCAAAGUAUGAGAUUGAUAUAGCCGGCAGACGGUUCCCUGUGAAAGUGGGCAUCUCAGCUCCCAAGUCCCCUUACAUGCCCACACAGCAUAACCUGGAUGAUCAUUAUCCCAUGUACGAGACACAAUAGGGAGAGGUUGUUCGUGUCUGUAAUUUUUUUAUAAGACUCACAAACAUCUUUACAUUUGUCAUGUUUUUCAAUUGAAUUAUUUUUGAAAAAAUUAUUGGUCACAGUUUUAAGCAUUUUGAAUUUAAUGUAAGUGAAAUUUUUAACUUUAAAAAACCUUGCAUCCUGAAAAUGAUUUUAUAGAAAAAUUCUAUUUGUGUUUGUGAUAAAAAAAGUUGUAAGGUAGAAUGCUAUCAGCAAAUCUAUAUUAGGAGUUGCAUUUCUCGUUGUAUUGUUUCUGGUAAGUUUUAUGAAAACGGUAGCCCCUGGGUCAGUUUCAACGAGUUCAGAUAAUGAGUAGGUGAUAAAUGAGGCAGUGUGUAGUAGAAGCUUUAUGUAGCCCUGUGUGUAGACGUACAUGGCCCUAUACCUAGUAGAUGGCUUAAGGUGGAAAUGGGCAUAAAAAUCAUUCUAUUUCUGCUGCUUUGUAAAUGAAAAUCAAAUUUCGCUGAAAAUAUAUUGGAAAUACAGGGUAUCAAAAAAAAAAAAAAUAAUAAAUAAAUAAAUAAAAACACAAACAAAUGUUUGCUCAAAACUAAAAUAACUCUGGUGAGAUCACCUAAUAUUACCAAAGAAAACUGUAGGCCAGAUGCUUUUAAUAAAAAUAUAAAAAUUAACCUUGCAAUAAAAGUGAACCAAAUUUUCUCCCCUUUUUGUGAGAUUACAUUUCCACACAAUGCUAAGGUACUUCCUAGUUAAAGCAGAAUGUUGCAGAUCUUGAAGGCUGCUGUAUGGUAGAGUUUUUAAGUGUCAAAGUUUUGUCACAGAGGAAGAUUUUAUACUUUAUAUAGUGGCCAAAGGAUGGUGCUGCAAGUUCUUUUAUAUUGUACUACAGGUGACUUGUUACCUGUGAAAUAAUUGUGUCACUUUCAAUGUUUUAACUUUUUAGCUUUAUUCUUUACAAUUAGCAGGACCUGCUCUGGGUUGUGAAAACCACUCGUACAUAUUGCGUUGGAGACAUUCAGGUCGAUCUAUUAAGUGAGCAUUAUUACGGCCGUUCUGUAUGGUAAAUAAUAGGAGGCAGCUCUCAGUAGUAUAUUCAGAUGCUUACACAUUUUGCUUUUUUUUUUUUAUUUGUUUCAUGUUGUUAUUGUUGUUAUUAUUGAUAAUGAGCUUUAUGAUUAUUUGCAUAUGAGGUAAUUGAAUACUGACACACAUUGCAAUAAAAAUUGGUUUGAAGUGUUGAAAAAAGUUUGUUUGAUAUAUAAAGUAAAAUUAUUAUUCAAUACCAAUAUGUGUAAUUAGUUAUAGCAAAAUACGCUUUUCUACAGUAACAGUAGGAUUGUGUUAGUUGGGAUUUAUCAAAUGUGCUCUGACAAUCCACACACUAUUAGGCAAACUAAAUGAAAAAGUGAUUAUUAAUUUAAUUUCAAUACUAAAUAAUACUGUGAAUGAACAGAGUAGGAAAUGAAUUAUUUGGUGUAUAUGUAUUACUAAUGUGGCAUCUACUAAAUGACUUGUUUGAAGAACAAAAGAAAACUAAUGAUUGUUGUAAAUAGAGUCAUCAAAAGCUUGUACAAUAGAAAUAGGUGGAAAUUUCAUUAGACCGCACGCAACAAAGGUUGUACUUUAAAUCAACCACUGUGUAAGUUGGUGACUUGAUGAAUGCCAAAAUGCAUAUCAUUGUAGUCAGAGUAAGAAAAUGAUUUUAUCAUACAAAGAGGGUCCUGUUCAUGAAUGCAAAUCAGUUUUAAUUAAAAGUAGACAAAAUAUCUACUAGGAGGCCUAUCAGUUUCAUGGCUUUACAAUUAUAGUAAUGCAGAAAGGAACCCUUGAAAAUUGUAAGUCAUUUGAGUAUUUACAGUAUUAGAAAGAUAAAAUCGUUCAAUACUCUACAUGGAUAAAAAUUAAUUUACAAUCAUAAAAAAAAUUCUUUUGGAUUGGAAUUUCUGAAUUCAAUUUCAUGCCAUAAGUAACUAUUAUAUACGUAUUCAAAUUUUGAAAAAAAUAUAU